CAUUUGGGUUGAAAUAUUUUGUGUAUAACAACAUCCGUCACGUCACAUCCGUUCAAUGGUGAAAAAAAUGGCGUUGCUUCUAAGAAUGUUGGCCCGACAAGGCGUUUGCUCAUCUCGUUCUCAGUAUGGAGUUCUCUACAGACAUUCAGUUCCAAUGGGAACCACUGCUAAAGAGGAGAUGAACAAGUUUUGGGCCAAAAACAACAGGCUAAACAGACCCAUGUCCCCCCAUCUCACCAUCUACAAGUGGUCGGUCCCCAUGGUGAUGUCAAUCACAUUCAGAGGCACAGGGGUUGGACUCAGUGGAGGGAUCUCAGCGUUUGCUCUGGCCGCGCUGGUGUUGCCUGGUGACUACCCACACUACCUGGACCUCAUCCACUCCUUCUCGUUCGGGCCUCAGCUGAUCACCUUUGCCAAGUUUGGCCUGGCCUUCCCCGUGGCCUUCCACACGUACAAUGGCAUCCGCCAUCUGUUCUGGGAUGUCGGAAAGGGCUUCAAGAUCCCGGAAGUGUACCGCUCCGGAUACCUGGUCAUCGCUCUGUCAUUAAUCACCUCCAUUGCGUUGGCAGCGCUGUAAAGAGCAGGUGGAAGGGAGCAUUCGAGAGAAGAGGGUUGAAAGGUGACACAGAUAAUGUGUUCAUGAGGGAUCUGAGGAGUUUUUUUUCUUUUUUCGUUUUAUAUGUCACAGUGUUUGUGGCCUCAACUCAGUGGAAGAAUAAAUAUAUAUUAUAUCC